AUGAAUAGAGGAACAGGUUUGCGUGCAUUACAGCGGCCAAAGAAGAACAAAGACAAGAAACUCAAUCUCAUUAGUCAAGAAGACUUUUAUGAAGACGGUGUUAAAUGGGAAGAACAAGCCGAGAGAUGGCUACUUUCAGAUUUGAAAAAAGCGUUACGGUUCUACAAGCAGGCAUAUGAUUCGUAUGACAACGCACUCGCUGCUGAAUCUAUCUCUGUCGAGCGAACUUACGACGUUUUAUAUAACCAAACUCGUCUAUUGUUCAAGAUUCAUACCGAUUAUAUGGCAAACGACGGACAUAUCAAUCUGUUGAAAUACGUGAAUUUGCAAGAUAUAGAUGGGAUAGAUGUGCUUUUGCAGCCAAUCGAGAGGAUUGUGGACAAAUUUGAAGUCACUUUGAGUAGAUUCGCGGAACACUGUACUUGGGACUUGUAUUUCAAUCUUUUGACUUGUUAUUCGAGUUUGUUGGACGGUGAUGAUGUCGACGGUUCUCGUUUGAUCGAUAUUUUCCCUAAAUUCACGGUUUUGUUUCAUAAGCUUGUCCGGGAUCAAUUGGCUGAGCUUGGGAGCUGGAAUGACGACGAUGCUGUCGACGGCGAAACCGGGGAGGAUGCUGACAUGGGUGACACCGCCCCAGCGGCUGAGGCAGGUGUAGAUGAAUACGCCGAAGUCCGAGAUCAUUUGACACCUCAAACGCUUGUCGAUACCAUAGUGGUCGCGUUCAAGUUCGUAGAAUCGACAUUCAUCGCGGUACUGGAAGACAUAAACGAUGAACUCAUAAACCCUGUCCAGAAGAACCUUUUGCAGGAGUACAUGUUCAAAUUUGAGUCUCAAUUGCAGGAAUUAGUCGCAAGCGUUACGUUUCCCGAUAUUGACACAAUAGAACUAGCACUUGCAAUGCGGUCCUUACAGGGACUGAACCUGAUUGCUGGGAACGACUUAUCGCAACUAGAAAUCUAUAUCUCGGGCUCUUGUGAGCUUGAUCAUCUUUUGCAAGAUACAGAUCUGUUACAAACGGCUCUGGUCGUUUGGCCCACUCCGACGCAUUGGAGACUAUACACUUUGAUCGCUUCACUACUAGGCAAAGCCCAAGCCCUGUUAUCAUCGCAGAGGGGCCAGAGUGCCACGCACAACAAUGUGAGCCCGAUAGUUUUUCAACUUUGCGACGUCAUGCUGAUGCGAAGUGAUGUUGAGUUUGCACGAUGGGCUUUGAAAAAAGACACUUCUGCGUCUGUGGACGCAGAGAUAGAUGCCGCUGCUUCUCAAAAAAUGCUCUCAAUCCUACAAAAAAACGGCCAAACCCUAUUGAACAAUGUCGUUGCUAUCGCAGAAAAACCCUGUGGGAUGCGUGAAUACGUCACCGACAAACUCAAGAGAAACUACAUUUACAGACAAGCUACGUCUCGUCAAGCUGUGAUAGCUGGCAACCCCCCAUCGGAAGAAUUGAAUGUGUCUCAUGAAAAUCCGUACUACAGAUCAUUCAUCACUUCGAGAUCUUAG